AAUUUUGAUGCAGACAGUAGUAUUUUCAACGAGCUAAAUACAACAAACGUAAGCUCGUAUGUUUGUGCGUCGUAUUGCAAGGAUGACCAGUACAAAUACUUGGGCAUGACGAUGACACAGUGCUAUUGUUUACUAAAUGACGACGAAGCUACUAAUUACCAAGCAUAUGGUCAAUGUAAUGAGACGUGUCCUGGAAACCAAGCAGAAACGUGUGGCAGUAACAACAAUAUCAUUUUAUACAGAAAAGUUGACAAGUUGAAGGACAAUCCAAGCAGUGAUGACAUUUUUCGUCAGACUUUCCAAUAUGGCCCUUAUGGAGUUAGAAUCCAACAAAAAAAGAAAGAUAGCGAGAUAUUUUUCUUCUGUGAAUAUGGGGUUUCCUUCGCAGACGUUACAACAAUCAGUGCUUUAGAAAAUACUUUGAUUUCUGAAAAUGAAUCUUGGAAUGGGCUUGAAAUUGGAGUUGGUGUAGGAGUAACAAUAAUACUUGUCAUUGGUAUUGUAGUAUGUGUGUACUGCCAAUUAAGACAUAAGAAGAGUGUUGAUGUAAAACAGAAAAAUUAUGAGAACCCCCGUACUGGUGACGCUCCAGUUGUUACUGCUUAUGAAAUACCAUGGUCAGAACAAGAAGAUUUAAAUCCCCCGUGGUCAGAAGACAACAGUGUUGACCAUAAUAUUUACGACCAUGCUUCUCACAAGGUACACCGAGAAAACAACGAUUUCAUGGUAUACGAUAUGGCAGACAAAAUAAAUGAUGAAUACAGUAUUACUGUCUUUAGAAAACAACAAGUUGAUCCUGGAUGUCAACAAAGCCAGAGUAACGAGUAUCAACUUGAUGAUUAUGACACCUGCGCAAGUGUAGAAAUAGAAAUACAAUAGUCAAAUUACAUUUUUCAUUAUUGAAACGAUUAUCUUAAUGAAAACCUUAUUUUUUCUAUAAUGCAAAUUGGUGGAAGAUAUUUGAUCGAAAAAUAUCGGACGUUUAAUCGCCAAGGUAUAACCAUUUGAUAGCGCCCGAUUCUUAACCAACAUUAGCGAUAGCUAAAAUUAUCUAUAUAAAAAUAAGGAGAUGAGGUAUGAUUGCCAAUAAUCAACUAUCCACCAAAGUUCAAAUAAAGUGGAUGUAAGCAAAUAUAGGCUACCGUACGGCCUUCAACAAUGAAAAAACCCAUACCGUAUAGUCUGCUAUAAAAGGCCCCGACAUGAAAAAUAUGAAAUAAUUCAGUUGAGAAAACUAACGGCCUAAUUUAUAACAGAACAAUUAACGAAAAACAAAUAUGACAGACGUCAACCAACGACAACCAUGCACUGAACUACAGGCUCCUGACUUGGGAAGCACAUAUAAAUGUGGCGGGGUUAAAUAUGUUUGUGAGCUCUAAACCCUCCCCUAACCUGGGACAGUGGUGUAACAGCACAACGUAAGAACAAACUAUAACAAUCAAUCAGUUGAAAAAGGCUUAACUCGUUAGAUCGAUACAAAGCAGAACAAUAUCAAACAUAACACAGACUGGACGUGACAGGGUAUAUAUCCAUCCCUCAUCCCUAACAACAAAAAGGACACUAAGUACAGAUCUGAGAGUACUCGCAGUUACUGACAGCUAGUUCAAAGCCAAUAACAGCUAAAAAAAAUCAUGUAUUUAAGACUAAAAUAUCAAUCAGUACACAUCCAACAUCCAAUGGAUUUAGUGUAAAGACGUCAUUAACAGUCAGAGAAAAACAUGACCUUGUGCAGUGCCAAAAUAAAGGUGUCGACAGAUUGUAGUACCGUUAAAGUGCAUAUGUGUCUAACAAAACUAUUUAGUAUGAUUUUUAUUAACUGAUAACAAAAUCAAUAUUUAUACCAAUAAAACAAUAUUCAAAGAUCUAAUUACAGUGUUGAAUUGGUAACCUUUAAGCAUAAGUUUAUUUAAAGGAUUGAUAAGUUUACCCGGAUCGUAUAUAAAUUUCCGGGCUCGGUAAACAACACCGUAAAAUUUAGGAUGUGGUAUUCGGAAUUUAGACGAGUCUUUACUGAGUUUGGCCAUAAACUGUGAUUCAUAACAGUACAGGAAAAAGUCUGCUAUUAAAGGGGCACAAUUGGUGCCCAUAGUAAUACCUACAAUCUGUUGAUAAACUUUAUUGCCGAAACGUACAUAAAUGUUGUCAAGGAAAAAAAAAUUAUGGCUGUAAUCAUCUCAUCACACCUGCAGUAGGUAUAUCUAGCAUAUUUACCUUUCUCGUUUGAGAAAAAGGCUUUAUAUGAGUUGCAGCAAAUAAAUUUGCCAUUAGAUUUAUCGAACGACCAUUUAAUUAAAUAGGAAAAAUUUUGUUUGAUAAGAUUAUGUGGAAGUGUUGUGUAAAGAGUGGAAAAGUCAAAUUUGUCAACCGAAUCAAUAGGACAAUGAAAAGCACGUAAUUUAUCUAAAACAUCCAAAGAAUUUUUUACAUUCCAAAAAUGGUUAAUUCCACUAUUUUCAUAUGUUUUAUUACAAAAAUUAAUGAACAGUUCUUUGAUAGUAGUUAAGGAACUCGUUAAAAGCACUGAAAUUCUAAUAGUAGAACAUUUACUAGAGGCCGAGAUGAAACGAUAUUUUACGUUUUUUUUGUGUAGUUAAGGUAAAAAAUACAUAGUGGGGACCUUCAAAUGUUCAGAAGAGGCCUUAAGCUGAGCUGUGGUUGUGACAUGAUUAUUUACUAUAUGACUCUCUGUGGAGCGUACAGCCUUGAAUGUAGUUGAAUGUGUAAUUUCAUUCUUAAGGACUUUCGUGUAGUAUUUACGUCAUACCACCACCACAUUGUUGGCUGCUUUGUCGACCGGU